AUGAGACUUUUUUAUAACUCAGAAGGUCAAUCAGGAAGACUGUAUAAGAUCAAUCUCAACGAAGUUUGUGAUGGAAGGGAUUUCAUUUUGCUUGGUGCGUGUUCCAGUGUUUAUAUUCGGUGCAGUUACGAUUUAUCGAGUUCAUUUCCAAGAGCCGUUAUUGAGAAAUAUGGUGCUCAAUGGAAGAAAUGCAUAGUUGAAAUAGAUAAUUUCCAGAUUUUCAAUGCAACAGUUUGUGAUGCAAUCAGCGAUAAGUGCCUAGCAGUAUUUGCUCGACAGACCCAACAAAUUAAUGCGGAAAUCGAAAUGAUUUUAGAAGAGAUAACUUUCUGCAAAGACGGACCGGGAAUAUACUUGUUCUUGGAUGGUAUCUGCUCUCGGCAAGCCUAUAUUUGCCAAGAUUAUAAGCAAGGCUUUGUAUUUGCUUGCCCCGCGGAAAUGAUAAUGAAAGUACGACCUUUUGGCUGCUUCACUUCCACACACGAGUGUAAUUCAGCUGAAAUUCUUACAAAAACCCUAACUUCACUAAGACAGUAUGCCAUACAAGAGUACUGUCAGCAUUCACUCACAGCCGUAUACAGUUAUGAUGUAUUAGGUUUUCCCAGAAUUCUAUGCAGAACAUGGUAUAUCAGAUGCAACGAAUUUAUUCAAGAUAUCAUUUACUGUGAAGAUGGCCUAAUUUAUGAUGCGAAAUUAAGAGAGUGCAGAGAACGAAGUGUUAAUGACCUCUGUAUUAUGCCUAAUAUAUGCAAGGGAGCUUCCUUUCUGCCACCAAAUUUGGAGUCAAAUCGAAAAAUUCAAGCGUCACAAAAAAAACGAAGGGGAAGUACUGGAGAGAAGCAUUGGAAACACAACAUGAUUAUUAUUAGAAAUCGGCAAGGACAAGCUGUGUCGUUAAACAAUUGCGAGAGGCAUUUUGUCCACUGUGACGGAGAAUUCACGCCAAAAGAAUUUGUCUGCGCGGAAGGAUUUGUCUUUUCGAAUGGCCGAUGUCUGCCCUCUGAACUUGAAAUUGGUUACGACUGUUGGCAAUGUCAAAAUGGCAUGCAACAGCAAUCGUCAUUUCAUAGGUGUAAUCAAGUAUAUAUUCGAGGAAUAUAUUUCGUCAUUAUUAAACAAUUUUUUCUUUCAUUUAUAUGACU